GACAUGACGUCCUAAACCUAAAUUUAGGUCUUACUUGGAGCUGUGAGUUUGUCGUCUUGCUGCAGGAAUUUUAGGACAGUUUUGGCUUCAUUUUGUCGUUGGAAGACUGAUUUAUUGUUCUCAUAAAAAAGUGUAGAAAUUAGCAUCUCAAAAUGUGGAAAAUCUUCGGUGGAAGAAACAAAGAGCAACCGCCAACUACUCAAGAGGCGAUUCAAAAAUUGCGAUCCACAGAAGAAAUGUUGACGAAGAAGAGCGAAUUCUUGGAGAAAAAGAUCGAUACAGAAGUAGCAACGGCUAGGAAAUUUGCUUCCAAGAACAAGAGAGCUGCAUUAAUGGCGUUAAAGAGGAAGAAACGGCUCGAAAAGCAACUGCAACAAAUCGAUGGAACACUGUCCACGAUUGAGUUUCAACGAGAGGCGCUGGAGAACGCCAACACUAACACUGAAGUCCUCAAGAACAUGUCAUAUGCAGCUAAGGCUCUCAAAUCCGCUCAUCAGCAACUUGAUGUUGAUGAUGUGCAUGAAAUGAUGGAUGACAUUCAGGAACAGACAGAACUGGCUGAUGAAAUAUCUAGAGCUAUAUCAGAACCAGCUGGAUUUGGAAUGGAUGUUGAUGAGGAUGAACUCAUGAAUGAACUUGAAGAGCUGGAACAAGAAGGAUUAGACGAACAGUUGCUAGAGGUUGGUGGCACAGCUGAUCUGCCAAGUGUCCCUGCUACAGAACUACCAGCUGCUCCAGCCAAAGCCAAAGCCAAAGCUGAAGAUGAUGAUUUGAGAGAACUUGAAGCAUGGGCCUCUUAGAAUAAAUUACCUAUUAAUCCUUUGACUGUGCUUAGAGCAGUUUUCCAAUGAUUGUCCUAACUUAGGCCACACAAUGACACAUGUAAAUAACUUAUGCCAUAUGACAGGGCUGUGCACUAAAAGAACCCAGGUGCCACAGGCAACCAACUUUUGCUUUUGGACGACUGGAAAAACUUACUUUUUUCAUAUAAACUUAAGUGCUAGGCAGCCAGGAUUUCAUGGUUUAGCAAUCUUUGGUCUCGUAAUUUUUCUUAGACCACAGCCUUGAAUUAUAAUAAUGAGCUAUACUCUAUAGCUAGUGUCUGAUUGGUUAAAAGCACAGUGGCAUGUUUGUUUUGAUUGGUUGAUUGGUUUGAUUGGUGAAUUGUCCUCUUUAUAGUGCAGAAAUGCCAAUAAGUUUUAAACAUAUUAACUUGACAGUCACUUGAAACCUGCUCUUAUGUAAUGCAGUUAUUGUCCACCAUAAACAAAUGGAAAAGGAUGUUUAAUUUUUUUGCAACAUACCUUAUUUUAAUUAGGCUGAAAUGUGCUAGCCACAUUCAAACACUUAGUUAUCUGAUGUUAUCAAUUUUUCAGGGGUACCAAACUUAUAUUCUGACUUAUUUUAGGAAGUUAAAUGAAGUCACCCAUCACCUGUUGACAUCAUUUUAAAUGUGUAGUUUAAUCAUUACUUGCAACGGAGCAUAGAGAUGGCUUGGGGAAGGGCCAGCUAUGUAUAUCUUGAUCUAAGUUUAUUUUGCAAUUCCCUGUUUUGUAAGGUGACUAACAAUCUAAAUAAAUUAUGUGUCCUCCCACUUUAUUGUAAGUUUCUUUUACUAAAAAUGGAUUUUAUUGAAAUGUGGUAACAAAUGUUUUGGGGCGAGUCCAGAAUAAUAUUUUCUUGAUUAGUACCACCCAUGCGAGAAGUGGGGACAGGCUUUUAGCGAGGUGGGCAUCCAGGUGUCCUUUGGAUGGCCAGUUAUUAAAGAAACUUAUUUUUCA